AUGAACUCCAUCGAGCCCUUCAACCGGCUGGUGAGGCUGGCGGCCCGCGCUUUCUACGACGACGUCUCCAUGAAGGGCGACAACCAGCCCAAGACUUCCCGCGGGGACAACCGCGGCAUGGCCGUCGUCGUCCUGGACGCGCUCACCAGACGGCAGUGGGUCCGGGAGGAAGAUUUGGCUAAAGCAUUGAAGCUCCACUCAAAACAGCUGCGUCGCAUUCUCCGUUUCUUUGAAGAGGAGAAACUAGUCACGAGGGAUCAUCGGAAGGAGUCAGCAAAAAACACAAAAGCACAUAAUGCUGCUGCUGCAGCUGCUAAUGAUGGUCAACCAGUUGCUAAGGAGGGAGAAGAGAAAGUAAAGAUGCACACGCAUUCAUACUGUUGCUUGGAUUAUGCUCAGAUCUGUGAUGUUGUAAGGUACCGGAUUCACCGCAUGAAGAAAAAAUUGAAGGAUGAAUUGGACAGCAGAAAUACAAUUCAACACUAUAUAUGUCCUAGCUGUAAUAAAAGAUACUCCGCCUUUGAUGCACUACAACUGGUAAGCUACACAGAUGAGUACUUCCAUUGUGAAACUUGCAAUGGUGAACUGGUUGCAGAGAGUGACAAGCUUGCUUCUGAGGAAAUGGGAGAUGGUGAUGACAAUGUUAGAAAGCGCAGGCGUGAGAAAUUAAAGGACAUGCAGCAAAGAAUUGAAGAGCAAUUGAAGCCAUUGGUCGCACAACUUGAUAGAGUGAAGAAUCUGCCUGCACCUGAGUUUGGGAGUCUACAAACAUGGGAAAGAGCAAAUAUUGGUGCUUUUGCAAUUGGUGACCCUGCUGCAGCUGAUUCUUCUAGGAAUUCACAAGGGCAGUAUGGUACACCAAUGCCAUUCAUUGGAGAGACAAAGGUUGAAGUUGUGAUUGAUGGUGUGAAAGAAGAAGGUGCUGAAUCAGGUAAAAAUGGUUCUGAACUGAAAGUCUUACCUCCAUGGAUGAUCAAAGAUGGCAUGAAUCUUACAAAGGAACAAAGAGGAGAAAAAAUUGAGUCACAAAAACUUGAAAUAUCUGAAGCCAAAGAUGACAAGAAACAGGACUCGAAAGAUGAUCAAAGUUUAAAGGAAGAAUACAUAAAGGCUUAUUAUGAGGCCUUGAGGAAAAAGCAGGAAGAGGAAGAAGCAAAAAGGAGAAUGCAGCAGGAAGGCAAGAUUUUUGUCCCAGAUUCUCAAACUGAACGCCAAGUGGGCAAGAAAUACAAGCGGGAUUAUGAUGAUGAAGGUAUUGAAUGGGAAGAGCAUCAACCUACAGGGAAUGCAACCGAAACAUACAAGUUGGCAGAUUUGAAUGCGGAGGCCCAAGAAUCUGGCGAUGAUGAAGAUGAUAAUGUGUGGGAAGAGGGUUAA